GGCCGCAGCCGGAGCGGGAGGAGCCGCCGGGCGGGACGCGAGCGGGGGAUUUCUCCUCGGGGGCCAUGGAGCUUUCAGCCAACGAGCUCAGCAUCUAUGACAAGCUCUCCGAGACCAUUGAUCUGGUGAGACAGACUGGCCACCAGUGUGGCAUGUCAGAAAAAGCCAUUGAGAAGUUUAUCAAGCAACUCUUGGAAAGAAACGAACCCCAGAGGGGCCCUCCACGGUACCCUGUCUUAGUGGCUCUCUACAAGGGUCUGCUCACCCUGGGCUUGGUGUUGCUGACUGUUUACUUGGUGAUCCAGCCCUACAACCCGCUGCCGCCCGAAGCGCCGCUCUCCAGAGCCCAGGCCUGGGGCUCCCUCGUUGGGCACAUCCGGCUGCUGUCCCUGCCCAUUGCCAAGAAGUACAUGUUGGAGAAAUGCCAGGACUGGUGGGCAGCAGGUUGCAGACAGAACGCUUCCGCACUUCCCGCGAACUGCACAGUCUGUUCUGCUGUGAAAAGCCUUCAGAUAGUGACAGACUUCAGAGAACUAUCAGAAAAGCUCCAGAGGCAUCAGCCUUUUCUAAUCAAGACAGGGCAGCAUCUCUCCUAUGAAGAACUGAAGCAUUUUCAGUCCCAGGAUCCAGAACUGGCAGAGGUUAUAAUAGAAGAAAAUUCAGCUGAAUUGUGGAGCUGCCCAUUUUUCUUUCCCUGGAACAAGCCUGUGAAUAAAUCUCGGAUUCUGCAGGAAUUUUUCCCCCCUUCCUCUUUGCUGUCCUUCCCCAAGACAGUGUCCCUGGAGAGCUGCUUCCUCAUCCGGCAUCCAGAUUUGGGGAAUAAGAGCUACAGCCUGCACAGCCUCUUUGCUGUUGGAAGUGGGCAGCUCACCCUGACUGUUGCACCUCUGGACAUGUGCAGAGGACACUGUGAGAUGUUCAAGGUGGAGCUGGAAGCUGGGGAUUUGGGUUAUGCCAGUGCAGACCACUGGACAAUGAGCUUCAUGGCCAGAGGGACAGAGCCAGCAGUGAUUUGUGAUGGAGCUGCCAGCUAAGGAUGGUGGGGUGGGAAAACAGAGCUGUUCCCAGGAGAAGAAGACUUUCAGCUUUGAAGCCAAGGCAACAUCUUGAGAGGAGUGAGCCGGGGCAACUGGGGCAGGCAGCUUUGCCACCCUGCAUGUUUACAGUGUUGAAAAAUGACUAUUUUCCUGACCCUUGAGGUAAUUCUUUGCCUUUCCUCAAAUGUAUUUUGGGAGAAGCUCAAGCUAUUUAUGACCCUCCCUGUCCCCUCAGGUAAGCCCUGGGUUUGCAGCAAAGGGUUUUCUUUCCAGGAGCAGCAGAUGGAUUUCUCAGGAUGAGAUUCACCUUGUGUUCUUUGUGGAUUAUGGCACUUCUGAAACUUCCUGGGGGGUUUGGGAGUGGAUGGGGUGUGUGACAUUUCUGUGUACAUUCCUCCUGAGGAGGAAGCUUUGAGCCUGUGUAGUCAGGCCAGUUCUAUAAAGGGAAUGAAUUGGUGAUGUGUCCCAGCUCUCCCUCACGUCCGCAGCUGUGUGAGCCCUGCAGAGCUGAUCUGCUCCUGCUCCUGGGCCAGGGAGAGCCUUGAGCCUGAGGGCAGAAACUCUCACUCACUGCAUCCUUCUUGUACCAAAAGAAUCCCUUCAGACCUCUCAGUGUUGUGAUCACCCUUCUGCAGCUCUCUAUCAGCAGGUUGUGAGUGAGUCAAAUGAUAAUUGUGCUUUUCUUCACCUCUACUUCCUUUCCUGCAAAAACACCGACACACACGUCAGUGGUGCUGGCAGUGCAGGAAUUCUGGCUGGAGCUGGGGCUGGGAGCAGAGCGGCUCUGUCCAGCUUUCACCUCAGCCACCAAGGGAGCCCAGCCCGUGGUACCUCUGGGAGCACCUGAAGCUCCCUCUUCCCUGGCAUAUUUUUGCAUUGACUCCUUCCAGAUCUGGAACUCUGUCUUCAGAAUGAACGUUGGUUUUUCCUGGGUCCUUUCCAAGCUGCCUUUGCGUGUUUCCUGCUGCUGGAGCAGUGCUGUCUCCAGUGCCCUGAGAGAGGCUCAGGUUCGGUGUUUGCAGGCUGCGGAUGCUCCGGUCCCUUCCAAGUCUGAUCCUUUGGGUCUGAUCCCGCUGCUGAAGAUCACUUACAGAUGUGUCUGGCUGAACUCAUAGGCCAGGGCUGGAGUUCAGGACAUACUCUCACACUUGUUAAUAUGGAGUUGGGAGGGGUUUUGGUUGUUAGUGAGUUAACUCUGUUCUCAGGAGCAAGAGCCUUUUUCUCUGUAAAUAUUUUAGGUACGUGUAAAAUGACAGAUUGGGAAAAUGUCUGUCCAGCCUUUGUUUUUGAGGAGAAUGGGAGCAAACAUCGUGUUAAUGUGAUUAGGGGCUGACAAAAGCUGCCAAGUGGGAUGACCACGUCUGGCUCCUGUACAAGGAUAAGGCAGCGGACAGUUCCUGCUCCAAAGAAUUUAGUCUGAGGCCUUGACACUACAAUCAUUUCUAUGCAUAUCCCUUGUUUUUCUCCUGUCAAAACAAUGAGAACAAGCCCAGCACCUGUGUCAGUCUGUGCAUGGCCCUUGGUGUUGGACACACACCAGAUCUAGUAGAACCAAAGGGGGAGAGUCUGGCUCUCUCAGGAUAGAAAAGGACUAAUAUAAUUUGUUACAAAAUAUUAAAGGGAAUUGGACUAAUAAAACUUCCAUUAGUAUUCUCACUACUUGGAGUGUAUUUCACACUCAUGACACUACAUGGAGUCUUGUACAUGCCAAGACACACACACACACCACCCCUCUCCCUCCUCUUAAAGCCUGGGUCUUAGUUAAUGGAAAUUUGGGAGUUCAGUGAUGGCAGAAUUAGGGCCUCAUUAGUGGCAGUUGCUAUUUACACUUUGGCAGCUUCUCAAAUCAAAUUCAAAGGCUGACAAGGCUACUUCACCUCUUACUGGUUUUGUAUCUGACCCAUUUUUUAAAGCAUUUGCUCAGAGAUGCUGCUGGAGCCAUUCUUGCUGAGAUUGCGGCGGUUCGGUGACACUGUCGCUGCUAAGUGUCCUUGACUGUAACUUGUAAAAGAGCUGCGGAGACAAUUCCCAAGUGUCUGUGAAAUGCCAGGAUUUUGAGAGUCACACUUAAGCUAUUGUGGCUGUCUGGCUCUUUUGGGAAGAAGCAGAGAAAAUGGAUCUAUUUACAGUUGCUGUUUGGACUGGGGGGAGGAGGGGGAGGAAAGGGCAGGUUUGUGCCUGUUUAGCAGAAGUGUUCUCACGUAGUGCUUCUCCCUUCCUCAAAGAGUUGCAGCUGGUUGGACAGGAGCUGGUGAGCCUGGCCUGUUUGCAGAGCAGCCUUCCAAGUGCACUUUAUGGGCUCUGCAUAAGUUUCCAGCUCUGUCUCAGCGAUACAUUGCAUAUAUCCCAGCCUCGCUCCCUUUGGAGUUUACAUCAUUUGUUUUUAAGCUCUCUGGUAUAUUUUCUCUUCCUUUUCCAAAAGCUGUAAGGAAUUAGCUGCUAAACUAAAACAGGAGGGCAGUUCUCCUGCUGAUAAAGAGCCGAUUUUGGCCGGAGUGCAGAGCCCUGGUCUGCAGCACAGCUUCCAGAGCAGCUCCUGUCUCCAGCUGCCAGAGGAGUGGUGCUCACACCUUCCACAUCCCAGGGUGGGUGAGGAGCCACAGUGGGAAACCUGGAGGUGAGGCCACACUGGCAAAACUAGCAUGGCCAAAGGGAGGUUUUGAUACCUUACCUGCAGUUAAGCCCAGGUCAUCUUCCACAUGCAGAGCUCCAGCUUCACAGAGUCCCUGGAAAGGCUGCAGGACUUCCCUAGAGAAUCUGCCGAGGUGGACCUGGGGGGAAUGGGGCUGUUCCUGCAGUUAUUGAGGUAUCAUAGUGACAGCCAUGAUUAGAUGAGUCACGGAGGGGGUGUCCCACUGUGGUUUCCCUCACUUCCCCUUUGGCACUCUCUGUGCUGGUUUGGACAAUCUCCCACUCCCACCCUGCCCUGCUCACACAGGUUCCCAGUCAACACAUUUUAAAGUUCCUUUAUGUGCUUCAGAGCUUGUUCCCUGUGAGCUGGGAGAUGGAGUCCUCCCCACCCCACAUCCCAAAGGCUGCAAAGCUGCUCUGAAAUCACACCAGAAAUCGGUACUACCCACGAGCAGGCAGACGUGAGGAGGGGUCACCUCUGCACUUGCCAGGCUGGAAGGACGGGCUGUCCCUGUCAGCUGGGCGGGAGGAUCGUGGUUUAAAGCUGCUCCCCAAAGCAGGGAUCGCUGACCGGUGCUGUCAGUCAGUCCUGAACUCAGGGUAACUGAAAGGAGGAGAAAGGAUUAUUAUGAUUUACUUCAGUACCAGGAAAUCAGCAGCCCCCACAGGAGCCAAGCUGAGAGUUUCUAUUGAUUUUUUUUUUUUGCUUUCUUUGUUCCUUUUCUUCUUUUCCCUGCCCACUGUUAUUGCACACAUUGAUUCCCCCGAGGGGUCCCUUUGCAAGGCCCUGGAGAGCUUUGAGUCAGAUUUCCCGUGAGUCUCUAGACUUCAGCUUCUCCCACCAGGCCUGUUUUUGCAAUGUUCUGGAGGAGAAGCUGGUUUGUCUGGGCUGGAUCAAAGCACCUCCCUUCUCUCAUGGCCUCCCAGCUCCAAGCAGCAGCAGCAGGAGGAGGUGAGGAGCAGGAGAGCACCUCAUGGUAGAGAUGUGAGCUCUGUAAACACCAGUGUCCCUGAAAGGGGAUCCUCCUGCCUUGAAACCCUCUCGUUCAUCACAGUGAUGCUGCUCCAGGAGGGAAGUUUCCACACACCCCAAUCCCAAUCGUGGCCCCCAAGAGAACUGAACACUUCCUGGGGUGAGGCCGUUUCAGUGGGUGCCCAAAGCUUUUGCUUCCUGCAAACCAAACUUUCUCCUCUCGGUAAAUUUUAUAGGUAGAACUCGAUAUCCUCCUCUUCAGGAACCUCCUCCUUGUAAAGAGCAGAUUUAGUGUCCUGCUGAGUUAGACAAGAGAGAUGCUGGACUUCCCUUUGCUUUGGAGAUUCAGACAAAUGGCAGGUGAUUUAUUUUUAGCAUUAUCUCUUUGUUUUGCGGAGGGGAGCCACAUUCUAAAGGCUCAGGGGUGCUGGGAAGUAAAGCUAUAUAUGCAUAAAGACUGUUUCAAUGCUGAACACUAAAUUCAGUGGUGGAUUAAAAAAAAAAAGAAUGUAAAUAUGCACUUAAUGCAGAAUUUUAUGGAUGGUCCUAAUUUAAUAUAUUGCAAACUUUGUAAAUACUUGGGAAAAGCCUGUAAAGUGUGUAAAUAAAUGAGAUUUGUAUGUAAGAAGAAUAAAAAAGUUUUUACUUUUUGCAAUUAAAUACAAGUGUUAAUGACCCUU